AAUAUAUAGAUUCAUAAACCUCUUUGUAUUAAUUGUUAGUUUUCUCUCGCACUUCUUUUUCAAGUAGAAGAUAAGUGGAUUCAAAGAAAAGAAUAAGGAGGGAAAUGGUGAAAGAAGCCAAGGCUAGGGCUAUGCUACUGUUGUUAGGAUUGAUAGUGAUGAAUUUUUUGAGUGUUGCAUCUCAAGAUUAUGGAGAAGCACUGAGCAAAUGCAUUCUGUUCUUUGAAGGGCAGAGAUCCGGGAAACUGCCAUCUACUCAAAGGAUGAAUUGGAGGGAGGAUUCCGCUCUUCAGGAUGGCUCUGAUAUUGGUGUGGAUUUAACUGGAGGUUACUAUGAUGCUGGAGACAACAUAAAAUUUAAUUUCCCAAUGGCAUUUACAACAACUCUGCUAGCUUGGAGUGUAUUAGAAUUUGGCCAACUUAUGGGCACAGACAUGAAAUAUGCAGUAGAUGCCAUUCGAUGGAGUACAGACUACUUCAUGAAGGCUACAAGCGUCCCUGGCUCAGUUGUUGCCCAAAUUGGUGAACCCAUCAAUGACCACAAUUGCUGGGAAAGACCUGAAGAUAUGGACACCCAGAGAACAACUUACGUUGUUAAUCAGACAUAUCCUGGAUCAGAAGUUUCAGCCGAGAUUGCUGCUGCAUUAACUGCAUCGUCGUUGGUUUUUAAGACUAUUGAUAGUGAAUAUUCUAACCUCCUACUCCAAAGAGCGUUUCAGGUAUUUGACUUUGCGGAUAAAUAUCAAGGAUCUUAUGACAGUAGUGUUGGCCCUGGGGUAUGCCCAUUUUAUUGCGAUUCCAAUGGUUACAAGGAUGAAUUAGCAUGGGGAGCAUCAUGGCUAUUCAAGGCAACUAAUGAUAACAAAUACUGGGAUUACAUCCAACAGAUAAUGAACAGCUCCAAAUCCAUGGUCAUUACACGUACAGACGAUGUUGUGAAUUCCCUAAGGGACAGCUUUACUGAAUUUGGAUGGGAUUCUAAACAAGGUGGCAUUAACGUACUUGUUUCCGGGUUGGUGGGGAAUGGCUCCGAUCAGAAUCCCUUUAUUCAAGAUGCAGAUAAGUUGGUAUGUUCUAUAUUGCCUGAAUCACCUACCAAAUUUGUCACAUACUCCGCAGGUGGACUUCUAUUUAAACCCGGAUCAAGUAACUUACAACAUACAACUGCACUUUCCUUUCUUCUUCUUGUUUAUUCUCGAUACUUGGAACAGUCACGUAGAGUAGUCAAGUGCGGCAAUGUAGUAGCCACUCCAACUAGGCUUGUGGCUGUUGCGAAAGGCCAGGUGGAUUAUAUACUAGGAAGGAAUCCAUUAGGCAUGUCUUACAUGGUGGGAUAUGGCAACAAAUACCCUCAAAGAAUUCAUCACCGUGGCUCUACCUUGCCCAUGAUUCAAAAUCACCCUCAACAUAUUGGAUGUAAAGAGGGAACUCCAUACUUCGAGAGCAAUAAUCCUAACCCGAAUGUGCUAGUUGGGGCUAUUGUUGGAGGACCUGAUAUUAAUGAUCAGUAUGUUGAUGAUCGACUUAAUGUUUCACAAUCAGAACCAACCACAUACAUCAAUGCUCCCUUUGUAGGAGUCUUAGCUUACUUGAAAGCACACCCAUCCAAAUACGCAAUUUCCUAAUUGGAUGUGUUUUUCUUAAAGUAAAUUAACGCGCUCUUGAUCCCUGUUUUUGGUA